CGGGAAAAGUUGGUCAGUGACAAGUGCAAAAGGACGAUUUUCGGUGUCUGUACAGAAACGCUGCUGUGCUUGCGUCGUUAACGUGAAGAAGGGCUGAUGUCUCAUACCUCCUUGGAUACUCGUGUCUGCGCUCGCGCCAUCAUUUACUGCACCCAGCAGUGCACCGAGACAAACUCGAAGGACUUCGGGACUGGUGUUCUUCACAGACCCACACUCGAAAGUUCAAGACGACGACCAGCUGAAGAAUUUCUCGUCUUUUUUGAGAGUAGGGUGGAAGUUCCUGUGUGGCGGAAUACAGCUCAAAUGAAUCAAUCGACUGUGCAGGCCUGCUGCUGGCGACCGUCUGUGUUUCGACAAGGUCACGGCUGGCCAGCCGGUUUGACAACAUUGGUUGGAGGGAUGCACGGUUUUUCAUCAUGACGUUGAAACGCUUGAUGUCUGCGCAUAAAAAACACGAGCCUUGAGUGAGAUUCAAGGCUCUGUUGCCCCGUUCGUGACAAGCUGCCCCUGUGGAACGAUAAUCGAGUCCGUCCUUCGGAUUCCGCGCUGAAUCGAGAGCUAUCGACAGCGCAGGAAACUGACAAGAAUCGCGGCAACAUACCGCACGGCUCAAAAUUCCGUUUUUGAUUAGUACUCAAAUUUCGUUCAAGCGCUACUGCGUGUUCACCCGCAUUCCGGUUGUCAAAUACCGUGUCAGUUAUGGGUAGCGCAACAGCUGCGCCCGAGUCGCGUUCCAUAGGUUAAUUCGUCCUGUGCCGGCCAACCACCCUGCAUCUAUCGUUUAAUCUGUUUCGUACCGUCACAUCGUGUUACGCUCACUUCCUGCGUAUCGUCAACGGAACGCAUCCCUCUACACGUAGCCGCGUCCAACCAUGUAUUUUCAGUCUGUCUCAGCCGCGGCACCCCCGCAGGAGAGCGGGGUGCCCCAAGUUCUGAUGCAGUGGGCGGCGCCUCUCGGAGUUGGUCAGCCACAGCAACAGUCGUUUCUUGUAAUGCCAUCACAGACUCCAGCGGGUGUUGUUCUGUGUCCCGCUAGCCACUGUCUAGGUCAGUUCGAUGUGGACAGAAGUACCAGACGACAGCCUGCGCAGCCGCAAAGCCACUUGCCGGAGCCUCAUCUCCACCAGUUUUCCAACAUCUUCUCAGAAUGGGAAGUGGACGAAAUCGACUUCGAGGAUGCAUGCACUCGCAUGCGCGACGGCGCCCGUCGCGCAGGUUUCAGCGCCAACCGUGCAAGACGGCGGACAGCAGAGCAGUCGGUCCAGUGCUCGCUGGAGGACGAGAAGAAACCGGAGCCGGAAACGAACGACACACACCGUGUCGACCGUGUGGUCGGGGAUAUCAACAUCAGCGGUGUCGUCCAGCUCGGACAAUCCGGUGAUAAGUCGAUAACGCACGCUAGCCGUGGUGACCAUGUCGAUGACGCUUACUUUGACCGCUACAGCGUGGUCCACCGCCCGGUGCGGGUGUGCGGGCCGUCGCAGCCACGACAGGACAGUUGGUCACGGUAUGACUUGGAAUUAAAACGGUUCCAAAAGUGGCGUCAAGAGCAGCAGAGGCCGCCCUUGGGGAGGAUUCCUAAGCAUCGAAUCGCGUUUGCGCAACGCUCUGUGAGCGACAACCCUGCGAGUGCCGUCAUGCAGGCGAGAGUUCGACGUGUCUACGACCACGCGCACCAUACUCCUCUCAAUCCGGAUGACAGCUACUUGUACAAGUUCUUGGACGACCGUAGAACGAGACAUGCCGACGCAUUUUCAGGCGUCAACACGAGCAGCGGAAGGCGGCGCUACGACCGUCCUGUUCCGCAAGAGCCGUACAUCCCUUACGAUCCGAAUGCGCUGAGGGAAACCGGACUCCAGACAACCGCUCCUCUCGUCUCAGUGGAACACUUCCCCCGACAGGAACACCGAAAAAAGACCUGUGGUGCACACAGCGAUUGUGACGCAGAUCCCGUAGGUCUUCUAGAGAGCGACCUGUCCCCAGAAUCUCAACCGGAUCCGUUCCAUGCGGGGAUGACGUUUAAAGGGAAACUCCAAAAGUUACGACGGGAGGAUGAAGGAGGCAGUCCUGGAAAAGCCUCUGGGAAGUUGGAUGGUUCGCCAGAGAAGCAUCAUAAGUUGUCUGGGUCGCUGAAUGUUGUCGGUGAAGACGAAAGAUUCUCUGUGACAGGGUCUUUCACAGUACCUCUCGCCGCAAAUGGAAAUCGACGCAAAAUAAGAGAGGGGACCCCUCCGCCGUGGAGAGUUAAAAGCUAAUGCCGCACAGAGGUGUGUUUCCAUAAAUGAUCAAGUGCUUCGACGCUUUUCGCGGGUUCUGACCCUUUAUAACACUCUUACAAGGUAGCGAAUUGGGUUCCCGUAUAUAGGCCGAUGUGAAUAUGUUUUGCCAGUGCGACACUCGGUAGCAGUUUUUGGCUAUCGCCUCACCCGACUCGUGGUGAAUGCAUAAGUGGAAACCAAACUUCGGUGCGACAAACGCUAUCGCACACAAAUUACAUGCAGCAAACGGUCUCUUCUCCGUCACCGAUUACAGGACGCCUCGUGCUGCCUGAAGAUUUGUUUCCUGCUGGUUACCCGAGAACCAGACAAAACUGUUGUAGUAUAAGCCGUGCCCAGUUUCCGACAAUUGUGAACCGUGUCCUGUCACCCACGGCUGCAGUGGUUUUUGUGAACUCUUCUACAACAACAAACGAACCCCUGUUGGACGCUACAGAAACUAAUAAAGAAGCGAGCA